GCGACCGUUAGUCCUAGGGUUAAGUUCUCUCUGCCUGUGUUUAUCCUUAGCCGAUGUGAUUCCCAUUAGGGUGGUUCGCCCCAAAGCGCUCUGUUCACUCAAUAAUGUCGAUUCAUACGAUUGAAAGUAGCAAGAAAUCCGCAGCGGGAACGCUUAUUGCAAAAACUCCUUUUUCUAUUGAAGAUAUAUUGUGCCAGGGUAACAACAAUAAUAACAACAAUACUAUUCUGUGCAAUGAGAAAGGUGGUAAUGGUGCCGGUAUCGGAGGUGGGAACAGUGUGAAUACCAAAGUGCCAAAAUUUUCCGUAAGUGAUAAAUUAAGUUCGAUUGGAACGAAGACAGUUUUGAGUAAUGAUGGUGGAGGAAGACUGAUGAAAUCGGGAAGUAACGAACCAGUUCACGGAAUGGAUCCUUGUGGUGGAGAUGAUGAGUAUCAAAGGAUUAUACAGAGUCAAAGAUUCAAAAUAUCAGAUCGCCUUCCACCGUCGCAAAUGAAUGGAGGUGGACCACCCCCUACCUCUUUCAAUACCACAAAUCCUGGUAUAAUAUACCCAACGGCAGCUUACAGUGACCAUGGCUUCCUUCAAAUGACCUUAGGAUAUUUGACGCCCUCCUCAACAGGAUACAAAUCGGUUGAUCCAUACUUCCUAUCGCAAGGUCUUUUUGGCGGUAACCAUCUAUUUGCCAGUAAUGGAUGUCCUGUUCCGGAACUUGCACUUGGUAUUGGUAUGGGGGUGAGUGCAUUGCGUCAUUGUCGAAGAAGGAAAGCCAGAACAGUAUUUAGUGAUCCGCAAUUGACAGGAUUGGAAAAACGUUUUGAAGCGCAACGUUAUCUGUCGACCCCGGAACGUGUUGAAUUGGCAACAGCCUUGGGUUUGAGUGAAACACAAGUGAAAACGUGGUUUCAGAAUCGACGGAUGAAGCAUAAGAAACAGAUGCGACGGAGAGAUGCUAAUAAUGAGCCUGUCGACUUCUCCCGUAAUGAUCCUGGCAAAUCCAGUUCUAAUACAACUUCGUCAGCGGUGCCCACAAUAACGACAGCUAAUUCGAUUGCGACCUUAUCAUCGGAUUCAGAGAAGUCAUAUCAAAACUACUCAGGAUCAGGCCAACAUCGAGGACAUUCCUUCGAAUUGCUGAGAUCCCUUUCAACGGUUUCGGAUGAUUCAAUGAUUGCUGGAAAUCGGACGCAUUCCGUUAGUGAUCAUGAUAUGCUCAGCGACGAUAACUCGGAGGACGACGGAAGCGAGGUGGACAUCCUGGGUGACUCCAAAGAAUACAUGACAUAAUAUUAGCUGAGGCGAGAUGGAACCAGUUCUCCAUUUUAGGGGAGCUUCAUGUGCAAGGAAAACAAUAAUAAUAACUUUUUAGGCCAGUUUAGACUUAGUAGGUCCGAUCUGUUUCCAUCACUUGUGCAAGUUAUCUAUAGUUAGGCGAUUCUUCUAGAACUCUUCCAUUAGUACGUACUCGUAAUGCUGUAAUUAACAGUUUUAUUCUAGUUAUUAAUAUGUAGGAAGGAUAUUUGCAAAAUGAUUUCGGGUAUAUUGAUGAGAGAGAAAUGAAUUUUGAAUAUUUAUUUUGGUAGUUUUUAUCUUAUUUAACUCUGAAGCAAGUGGUGGAUUGUAUAUAAGAACAUUGUAUCUAAAGAUUUUGAGUAAUGCUAGUCAUCAAUAUGUAUUCACAUAGCUGAUAUAGUGAUACGUAACAAUGUAAAAUUAUUAACAAUUAUUCAGACGAGUUUAUUUUAAAUUUCAACGAAUUUGAAAAAUACGAUCUUAAACUUCAUACGUACUAAGAUAGUA